AGUUGAAGGUGUCCAAAACAAAACCGCGACAACGACCUGCUGUUGUUCCGUUGAAUAGCCGCGGCCUCACUGCCUAUACCACUCGCCAUGGCGGACGCCGUUGCCGAACAAACUGCCAAGUUGCAGCUGGACGAGGAGACCGGGGAGAUGGUCUCGAAGAAUGAGCUCAAGAGACGUCUGCAGAAGCGGGCCAAGAAGGCAGCCGCUGCCUCGAGAGACAUCACGUCUGCGUCAAUGCCGAAACAGACACCUGCAGGCCAGGCGCUGGCCGACGGGAACGUUACCGCGCCCAACGAGUCCGUUGACCAGGAUGCCAUGUUUGACCGGGGUUUUCUCGCCGAAGUCUACAAGCUGCGGCCUUCGAAGGAGGUUACAACACGGUUCCCUCCGGAGCCAAAUGGGUUCCUUCACCUAGGGCAUGCCAAAGCGAUUGCCAUCAACUUUGGAUUCGCCAGGUUUUAUGGCGGGAAGACUAUCUUGAGGUUUGAUGACACGAACCCCGACGUCGAGAAGGAGGAGUACUUUGUGGCCAUCGAGGAAACCAUCCGGCGGCUUGGCUUCGUCCCGUCCAAAAUUACAUAUGCGUCCGACUACUUUCAGCGUAUGUAUGACCUUGCCGAGGAGUUGAUCAAGAAGGAAAAGGCCUACGUCUGCCACUGCGACGAAACCGCAACCAAGCUCCAACGCGGCGGCGAAGAUGGCUCAACACCGAGAUAUCGAUGCGUGCAUGCAAACCAAGAUGUCGAGACCAACCUGAGGAAAUUUCGCGGCAUGCGGGACGGCGAAUAUGCGCCGCAGACUGCCUGGCUUCGCAUGAAGCAGGACAUGGACAACCCAAAUCCUCAGAUGUGUAAGCAUACUUCGGAGCAUGACAAGGCUAUGGCUGACAUCCUGGCACCAAGUGGCGGAUUUUACCCGACGUACGAUUUCGCCCACUGUCUCUGCGAUAGUUUCGAAGGCGUCACGCACAGCCUGUGUACCACCGAGUUCACCAUGUCGCGGGAAAGCUACGAAUGGCUGAAUCAGCUGCUGGUCGAGUUCCAGCCGAUGCAGCGCGAGUACGGUCGUUUGAAUCUCAAGGGGACGAUCAUGAGCAAGAGGGACAUUCGAUCCCUAAUCGAAAACAAAGUUGUGCGCGGCUGGGAUGACCCCCGGCUUUACACCCUCAAGGCGAUUCGGCGACGCGGCAUACCACCGGGUGCGCUUCUUUCUUUCAUCUCGGAACUUGGUGUCACCACAGCCAACGCAUUCAUUGAGAUCAAGCGCUUCGAGCAAUCCAUUCGACGGUAUCUCGAGAGGACCGUUCCCCGCCUGAUGCUCGUGCUCGAUCCUGUCCCGGUGGUAAUCGGAGACGCCGAGGAGCAGGACCUUGAUAUUCCUCUGUUCCCCAAGGACCCAAAGAUGGGCUUCCGUAAAAUCAAGCUCACCCAACGGGUUUACAUAGAACGGUCUGACUUCCGCGAGGUUGACAGCAAGGACUACUUCCGUCUUGCACCAGGCAAGACUGUAGGCCUGCUGCAGAUGCCAUACCCUAUCAAAGUUGUUUCGUUCACCAAAGACGAAACCACUGGCGCCAUUACGGAGAUUCAGGCUGCUUAUGACAAGGAGGGGGAGAAACCCAAGACGUACAUUCAGUGGGUGCCCGAAGGCUCACCGAAUGCUGAAGUGCGCAUCUACACGGCUUUGUUCAAGUCUGACCAGCCUGCGUCCGCGCCUGGUGGGUUCAUGAAUGACAUUCACCCCCAAAGCGAGAUCAUUUGGCCGAAUGCUCUGAUCGAACCCGGCUUUUACGAGGUGCGUCGCCGGGCUCCCUGGCCCGAGGCCGAGGGUGAGAAGUCGGGCGAGGUCGGACCGGAGAGUGUGCGGUUUCAGGGUAUGCGUGUCGGGUAUUUUGCCCUCGACUCGGACAGCACUGCCGAUAAGAUCGUACUCAACCGCAUUGUGCCGUUGAAAGAGGAUUCUGGAAAGAGCAGCUGAGGAAUGGGUGUAUUUGGUUCACCGUUCCAGGCCAGAAGCAUGUUCGGGGCUCUCUUUUUGUCUUGUUAGAGCACGAAAUUACCCCUCUUGAGUUAUAAAACAGCGGGACGAUACUCAAC